GUAGCAGGGUCGUAGACUCGGAAAGGGACAGGGAUGCAGCGAGACAAAACUAGCAACGCCGGCGGGGCUGAAAAGCCCGACCGGGAGGCCGCCAUAAUGUCGAAAUACUACGAUGGAGUUGAAUUUCCUUUUUGUGACGAGUUCUCCAAAUAUGAAAAAAUGGCAAAAAUAGGACAAGGGACCUUUGGGGAGGUGUUCAAAGCAAAGCACAGACAGACCGGGAAGAAGGUCGCACUGAAGAAAGUUUUGAUGGAAAAUGAGAAAGAAGGGUUCCCAAUCACAGCUCUGAGAGAGAUUAAGAUCCUGCAGCUGCUCAAACAUGAGAAUGUGGUCAAUCUGAUUGAGAUCUGCAGAACCAAAGCUACUCAGUUCAACAGAUACAAAGGCAGCAUCUACCUGGUGUUUGACUUCUGUGAGCACGACCUGGCCGGGCUGCUGAGCAAUGCCAAUGUAAAGUUCACCCUGGCAGAGAUCAAGAAGGUCAUGCAGAUGCUGCUCAAUGGAUUGUACUACAUCCAUAGAAACAAGAUUCUUCACCGAGACAUGAAAGCAGCCAACGUGCUCAUCACCAGAGACGGUGUCCUGAAGCUGGCUGACUUUGGCUUGGCUCGAGCCUUCAGCCUGGCCAAAAACAGCCAGGGCAACCGCUACACCAACCGUGUGGUCACACUCUGGUACAGACCUCCAGAGCUGCUGCUGGGCGAGCGAGACUACGGCCCCCCCAUUGACCUGUGGGGAGGGGGAUGUAUCAUGGCAGAGAUGUGGACCAGAAGUCCCAUAAUGCAAGGCAACACUGAACAACACCAGCUCACUCUCAUCAGCCAGCUUUGUGGCUCCAUCACUGCGGAGGUGUGGCCUGGCGUGGAUAAAUAUGAACUUUACCAGAAAAUGGAGCUGCCUAAAGGCCAAAAGAGGAAAGUGAAGGAUCGUCUAAAAGCCUACGUCAAAGACCCAUAUGCCCUGGAUCUGAUAGAUAAACUCCUGGUCCUGGAUCCGGCACAGCGCAUAGACAGCGACGACGCACUCAACCACGACUUCUUCUGGUCCGACCCCAUGCCGUCAGACUUGAAGAACAUGCUCUCCACCCACAACACUUCCAUGUUCGAAUAUCUGGCCCCACCCAGGCGGAGAGGCCACAUGCCGCAGCAGCAGCCCAAUCAGAACAGAAACCCUGCCACCACGAGUCAGACCGAGUUUGAUCGAGUCUUUUAGUGGUUAAAGAAGUUUAUGGACAACUUCCUGUUCUAUAAUGAAUGGCAUCUUUAUUUCCAACCAGCCUGAUAUUGAGGAAAGCUACACAUUCCUUUUUUGGUGUUGGUUUGGCAGACAUUACCUGGAGAUCUCUACAGUCUUUUGUAUGAUGAUUGUUCUGUGUGAGUUUACGGCAGAGGAUGCACGUUGUUAGGGCUGAGCAGGCACAGGGCUGGAAUGUUAUGGCGAGCCCUUUGUAAGUCAAGUUUUGUUCCAACUUUUUCAGGAUGGUAAUGAAGAAAUGGAUGUACAACUCUGUGGACAUGGCUUGGGUGUGUUCACAUAGCCCCUUGGUUAAACAAGGACCCUGUUAGUUUUAAUUUUGAUAGUCUGAGUCUGGCAUUUUAUUUUUUUGCAUCUUCACACUUUUAUCAUUGUUUGUACAAAAAUAGUUGUGUCUUUACAGGCUGUGCAGGUUUUUUAUGUAUGAUAAGAAAGUGAGAAACUUUUAUUUAAACCACCCAAUUUUCUGAACACAUGUCCAGAAGUAACAUACCGAAAAUAAAAUAGUUAUUUUCCCUUAA